UACAUGAGCUGCGGUCCUGCUCUCCGGCAGUUGACUUUCAGCAGCUGAUAGAAAAGUACAGGUGCGGCGCGCGACGCAGUUCGAUGGCUCUAAUGACCCGUUGUUGAAUAUUGUUUGUCAGAUCCUCAAUCAUGAAUUUCGUCAGGUCAAGCCUCUCCAUUGGCAACUUCGUAGGCCAGAGGUGCAGACGGGUCACAGAAACAUGGAGCCGCAGAGGGAUGUGCAAUAAACCACAGGUCAAAGCGGAGCCUCUCCCUGCCGUCCCAGCCGAAGCAUCUCGUCCCGCAUUCAGACUCCCAGGCUCCCGACCCUCGGAGAUGGACAAGAGGUUUUUGAUCUGGUCGGGACGUUUUAAGACCCCAGAACAGAUACCAGAUCUUGUGUCACACGAGAUGAUCGAUGCUGCCCGAAACAAAGUCAGAGUGAAAAUCUGCUUUGUGAUGAUGGGAGUCACAAUAGGGGCCUGUCUGGUUAUGGUGCUCCUUGGCAAACGGGCUGCCCGCCGGCACGAGUCUCUGACGGCUCAAAACAUGGAGAGGAAAGUGAGAUGGAGGGAGGAACUGCACGAAAAGGAGGAAGCUGCUGUUGUUCUUUCGCAGAAAGCUCAGUGACGGAGGACGGCGUGUCCCUUCACAACCAUGUCACCCCCCCUCCCCUAAAUGCAGGCACCAAAGGUGUUUCCCUUCCUACUGUAUGUAUCACAACUUCAAUGCUCUUCACUCCCAUUCCCCUGGAGAGGUAGAGCAACCAGAAGACAUCAGAGCAGUCAAUCCUAGUUGUACCUUUGCAAGCAGAAGAUUGGCUUUAAAACACACAACUCUGGGUUUUUGUAAUCAUAUUGAAACCCAGUGUGUGAAUGUAUUGAUAUUUAAAAACUGGCACCUGUUUUUGAGGAAGCUACACUGAUCAUGUUUGUGGUGGUAGGACAUGUUGGCAUUAGGUGGACACAAUGAUUUUCAGACUGUAAAUCAGUGGAAUGGACUCCCCAGUUGGGAUUUAAAUACUCGUCAGUGCUGCUAGUAAACUUCUCACACCUUAAAAUCUCUCCAGUGUAAAUGCCUUAAAUUUGCCUCUGAGGCAACAGUCCUGUUUUCUUAUACGCCUUGUGGACACUUCACCCUCACAGGGUUCAAACGGUUGUCAAUUUUCUAAAGCAAACAUCAAGAAGUGACUCAGGCACAUAUGAUCCAUCUGUACAACGGUCUGACCAGUCCCUCGUCAUGUAAUUAAAAAACUUUGUUUGUGG